AUGUCGCGGCCAACAUCGUCACGAUCUUCACCAGUAGCAUCGUCUGCUUUAGCCGAUGUGCAAUUACCAUCGCCACCAAAGUCGAGCGUAUCGGCUGUCGUGUUCUCGCCCACACCCUCCACCACCACCUCCAUGCUCAUCUCUAGCUGGGACCAUGAUGUACAUCACUAUAGGAUCGAUACCACCAACAUAUGCACUUCCGGCACCGAAGCUGUCCACAAGGUGCAAGUGUUCACGCACGAGGCGCCAGUCCUCGACGUGUGUUUCAUCACUCCCGACCUGGCCGCAUCGGGCGGAGUGGACCGUCGGCUUCGACUGUUGGAUUUGAAAUCGGGCAAAACGAUGAUCUUGGGCAAACAUGAGGAUAGCGUGUCGAAAUUGCGAUGGUGUCCACUCACGAGGAUGUUGAUCAGUGGAUCAGCGGAUCGAAGUAUCUGCUUCUGGGAGGUCAGCGAAAGUGAGCAAGGAGGAGCAAAACUGUUGAAGAAGCUCGAUAUGCCGGAUAAGGUGAUUGCGAUGGAUGUUUCACCACCAUUUGCUCAGGCAACCAAUUCAAACGACAAGAUAUACUCAGCAUCUUUACCUGGACAGCCACAUGCGAGAGAUUCAACACCGCGCCUAGUGGUAGCUAUGGCCGGACGACACGUUUUCGUCUACGAUCUAAUCCCUCUUCGCAAGGCCAUCGAUAGCGAGCAAGCAGGAAAACUAGUGAAAGAAAGAGAUUGGCAGCCGGAUCAGCAAAGAGAGAGUUCGUUGAAAUUCAUGGCGAGGGAUCUUAGGUGUAUGCCCGCAGGCGAUGGAUAUGCCAUGUCGAGCAUCGAGGGGAGGAUUGCGGUCGAGUUUUUCGAUCCAAGCGAAAAGGUUCAGGCGAUGAAGUAUGCGUUCAAGUGCCAUAGAGAGACAGUCAAGGAGGGUGACGAGGACGCCGCAAUUGACGAGGACCAAGAGCGUCUCGAAAAACCGUAUGACGUCGUAUAUCCCGUCCACGGGCUUGCUUUCCAUCCAAGACACGGCACAUUCGCCAGCCUCGGAGGCGACUCGAUCGUCAGCGUCUGGGAUGCAGCAGCCAAAAAACGCAUCCGACAGUAUGCAAAGCUGUCAUCCGCGGUUACAGCAGGUGCCUUUGACGCUUCCGGAACGCUGCUAUUGCUCGCAACAGGCAGUGACAAGGUGGAUCACACGCAGCAAGCCGAUGAGAAGGACAAGGUGCAAUUGGUGCUCAAGUGCAAUGCUUGGAACGAGUGCAAACCUAGACUCAAGUCUUCCAGCAGCAGCGGUAAGAAGUGA